AUUGCUUUAGAUGAUAAAGUAGAUACGCAAUAGACAGCUAGAUAUAGUGUAUAUGAUGCAAUACGUAUGCACAUAGAUGUUUUGAAUAGCUUGAAUACAGAGACGUGCAUUAUUAACUCUGUUUAGGCAUAGAUCCAAUUAAAAUCUCAUGUUCAAAGUUGACUUAUUUUCUGGAACAUAUAUAUGCAUUCUAUUGCCUGGUAUAUUUGCUGAAGUUGAAGUCUACCUAGCUGACUCUGUAAUUAUUCAGAAUUACUUUUGUGAAAACUUCCAGCUUAAAAGGGAAAAAAAAAGGUUAUGAAAAACUAAAAUCUUCUUGAAAGUAAACAUACAGAAAAUAUAUUUUUAUGCGACACUUUCAGACAGUAGUUGAGUAUAUAGCAGCAGUAUGUUUAAUGGAAUUUCACAUUGAAUAAUACAAUGUUUUGGGAAUGCAAAUACAUCCAAGAUUUAAAGAUGCAAGAGCUACAGGAAAAGCUGAUCAAUCUAUGCUAUCAAACAUUUUUUUUAAAAUAGUAUUUACCAAAUAUUCUGUUUUCCAAAAAACAUGAAAAAUAUGUUGUUUGCACCUCUUAAUUUUGGGGGCAUAUGGUUUAUCCUUGGGUUUUCAAAUGUUUACAGCAUAUUCUGACUUUCCCUUUUGCUCUAUGCACGUGCCCAUGGAGCAAUUUCUCCAAGCUUAGUUUUGAAUCUGCUACUUGUACUAGUAAUUGCAAGGGUCUAGACAUGCACAAAAUGCAUUCAGACACAUUGCUAAAGUUAAAAUAGGUUAUUUUGUUUUGAAGUGGUUUUAUAGUGCCAGGCUUUAGCUUGGUACGUUUGUGCAGUUAUACAAAGCCAGUUUGAAGUUAAUGGUUUGCUGUGAGUUUAGUGCUGUCACCUCCAAAAGAGUUCACUGCAUAACGAGGGGCUGUGGUAGCGCAUUCUUCAGAUAGAAAUGUAUUGUUUCUUUAUUUUUAUUGUGAUUAGUCGUGAUCUCUGCACUUGAUACAGUGGAUGAUGAAAUUGAUUAAUAUUCACUAUGAUACUUGCUUAAAUACUGGUAUAUUUUCUGAACUUUGCAGUGUAUAUGCAUCACAUUCAAAUUGUCAGUCUUUUGCUUAGAAUAUGUAAGAAAUUUUGAUUUUUUUUUUCUUUCAGUAUAGUAUACUGGUUUUGCUUAUCUUAAAGUUUGCACUCAUGCAUAUUUUAAGAUGAUCAGCUCAAGCAGAAGGAUGUAAGACAUAAAAUGUCUAGCUAUUUUUCUAAGAGGCAUUUGGCCACUUUUCCUGGCUAUUUAGCUGUAUUAAAGGUAUACUGCAUCAACAGUGCUGUAGCAUUUGUUGUCUUAGUGUUCUCCAAGGCCUGGAGUUGUGAGCUUUCUUCAUACCAAUUGUAUUGCCUGUGUAGUUCAACUGUAACCAUUUUGUCUUUGUUUUUUAAUUUCUUAUAUUGCCUUUUUGAGCAAUAUAAUGAAUAUAAAAUAUUGCUCUUUUGAGCAAUAUGAUAGGAGUGCAGAAUGCUAGAAUAUUCAUUGUGUUCCUCGCGCUAGAUAGAAAAUAUACUGCAAAUACUCCUUUCCUUACACUGUGUCUCAGGUUUGGUGCCAUUCCAAUACAGUGGAAACAGUUCUACAGUUUAUAAGUGUUAUUGUAAAUAGAGGUAAGAAAUGCAGAUGUUACAGUCAAUGAGCUUUCGGGAAGGCUUCUCACAGUGCCUCCUUCUACAUGUGGUGAUUUUACUCUUGGUGGACAUGCAGCACUGGAUAGGUGAUGAGACCAACUUUUAAAUUCUUUAAUAUGACAAGUUGUUUCACCCAUUCAGAACAGUUUUUUCAUUAUUCUUAUGUAACCUAAUAGGCUAAAUAAAAUUUAUCAGUGCCUGGAAACUUACCCUCUUUUAGAUUUCUUUUAUCCUUUGUCACUGUGCAGAGCUAAUGAGAUUAGAGAUUUAGGACAAAUCAGAUGGGAGAAUUUAUUUUUGGAAUUGAUUGUCCUGUAUUACCACUAGGAGUUGUAAAUAGGCUGUCCUAGUUCUGCCUCCUUUGUAACAAUGUUACAAUUUUAUGUUAUGAAUCAAAAAAUGGCAUUAACAUAAGAGGAAAAAGUUUAAAGGAAUAUAUUUUAAGGAAUACAUCAAGCAGAUGUAUUCCUUAAGUUAGCAUGCAAUUACUGGAAUUUAUCUCAUGGGAUUUUGACAUUUUUUUCUCUUCAUCUUAUAGUAAGCACUUAUUGCAGUCUCUCUGGUCACAUUAUUUUAUGUUUACCUAUGCAGUAUCUUAUUCCGCUGGUCUUUGAGGUGGUUUGGUUGUGGGUUUUUUUAAAUGCUUUGAUCCUCUUCCUGAAAGUGUUUUCUAAUAUACUUUUAUCAUAGGCCUAUUGUUUACUUCAUACAAUCUGUAGGCUUUAGAAAGAUACUGAAUUAGCCUCAAUAAAACUGCUUUACAAUCUGAGUGUAGAUACCGGAUGUAAUGGGUUUGUUUAGGAGCCUGCAGAAGCAAUCCUAUUGCUUAAGUUGUGUGGGUAGUAUUAGAGGGAUUUGAGGGUCAUAAUUUUCUUCUAAGUUUCAUGGUUCCUUUGAUCGUGGAAUAUAACAUACAGAUUUUUUUACCUGUAGGCUUAGUUUUGCAAAACUUCUCCUCCAGUGGAGUUGGUGAAAAUGCUGAGUGGAGAAUAGGAUAAGGUGGCUUGUAUGCAGUCAUUGGUUUUGUCUUUCUUCUUGCCAUGGUUACGUAGUACGCAGCUUUGCAGGAUUUUUAGUUCCAAUAAGACUAUCCUAACAAAGAGUAUUCAAAGUCUGAGUGUGUGCCUUACCUUCUGUACAGUUCCAUUGUCAUGAAUUUGAUUCACUUUAAUUUUUAUUAUGAGGUUAUCUAGGAGCAGCAGUAUACAAUAUGUUGCACUAAUAAGAUGAUUAAAUUUCUGCUCUGAAGGGCUUUCAGUUAAAUAGGCAAGAUGCACAACUAAUGGAAGAAAGAAUUGUAGCUGUUCUUAUUGCCUCUGCUAUUUUAUUGGUACAGGAGGUAAUGAUACACUGUUGUCUCCAACUCCAGAAACACUGUAAAUGAUGGCUGAUGAUUUAGACAAAUUUAUUGAAGAUCAGAAGGCCAAGUUGGCACAAGAUAAGGCGGAACUUGAAAAUGAUCCACCUUACAUGGAAAUGAGGAAUAAGGAAUCAGAGAAGCUUUCUGAGACUAGCAAAAUGUUAAUCUCCAUGGCUAAAGAAAAUAUACCUCCAAAUAGUCAACAGAACUAUCCUUUAGGUGACUAUGGCUUGAGUUUACCUCUUGGCGAAGAAUAUGAACGGAAAAAACAUAAACUCAAAGAGGAGCUUCGACAAGAUUAUAGGCGAUAUCUUUCUCAGGGUAUUUCACAGGCAAAAAGAAAGAAAAAUUAUCUGACUACUGGUGAAGUAGAUCCAUAUACUCAGGGAUUAUCUCUUCCUAUUGAUGAGCGAAGAUCUGCCAAGGAGAAACUACGGCUUGAAAGAAACAAGGAGUACAAUCAGUAUCUCAGGGAUAAAGAAGAAUGGAAUGAAAGGCUAAGGAAAUUAGGGAAGAAAAAUACAGAGAAUGAGAUGGACAGGAAUAAAAAAGUUAUUGCCGUUACCACGCUCCAGCCAGAACUACAUACAGAAGUACAGCCCUGUAAUACAGGUGCAGAACCUCCCAGGAAGGAUGCUUUUACUUCUACAGAAGGUUAUGAAGAACUGCUAAAUAAGAGAUGGCUGGAGGAAGACAGGUAUCAUAGGUUAGAUGAUGAGGUUGAAUUAAGAAGUCGACUAUUAAAUAAAAGACUCGAUGAAGAUUUGGAUGUUCCCAAUCGAAGACAUCGUGGAUUUGCUAGCCAAUCUGUAAUUCCUAUUAGGAAGCAUCACAGACUUGAUGAGGAUCAUGAUUUUGGUAGAAGAUAUUACAGAAUGGACUGUGAUCCUGAGAUAAGUGAAGAAAUGGACCCUAGAUUUAGAUGUGAAAGCGCUUAUGACAGAAAAACUCCCCGGGUUUUUUAUGCUGAAAGGCCCUAUCUGGAUGGAAUAGCAAGAGAUCUACCUGCAGAUUAUGAAGAUGACUUAAAGGAGAGAGCACAUAUGCAGCAGAUCUCAAGAACUGGAAAUUCUAGAAAUCAGGUACAAAUUAGUUCUGCAGUUAAUGAACAGGCCAAGUCUGCAGCUGAAGUGCCAUAUGCAACAGGGCUUGUUGUUGGUGGUCAGGACCGAGAACUUCUCCAAAGGAAAAAAGAGAAAUACAGGCAAGAGCUAAUAGAACAGAUGGCUGAGCAGCAGCGAAAUAAGAGACGUGAGAAGGAACUUGAGCUCUCAGUUGCUGCUUCUGGAGCUCGAGACCCAGAAAAGAAGCUAAGUGAUGAGGAGCCAAAUAGAUUGAGGCAGUUUGGCUUGACAGUGAGAGCUUCUGAAGAGAACAUACCUCCUGAAAGGCCUAGGGUGGCUUUCCAAACUCCGGUGCCCGUCCCUUCAGCCUCUCCAGUGAAUGAGGACUUUCACAGGGGGCUGGCCAGCACCCUCGGUGAAAUAGCAGCUCCCAGGCUCGCGCCGUUGCCACCACCUCCACCACCAGUUUUGACAGACAACUAUAGAACGCCUUAUGAUGAUGCAUAUUACUUUUACGGGGUUAGAAAUCCUUUGGAUCCCAAUCUUGCAUAUUACGGUACAGGUAUGAUGGGAAUGCAACCUACACCUAAUCCGGAUCCUCCUCUAGGCCAAGCCCCAGUAGAGCGAUCUGUAAGUAACAUUGGACAGAGGAAUACAGGAGACAGACAAAGAAGCAUAGGAGUAUUUUCUGAAGAAAAAACAAAGCCUUCCAAAGAGGCAACAUUAUCUUAUCAACAGGAAUUACAACAGCAGAUAAGAGAGAGAGAAGAACGACGGAAGCAAGAGAGAGAGGAGAAGGAACGUUAUGAAGCCAAGUUAGAAGCAGAAAUGAGGAAUUAUAAUCCUUGGGGAAGAGGUGGUGGUGGCGCUCCUCUCAGAGAUGCAAAAGGAAAUUUGAUAACGGACUUGAAUAUGAUGCACAAGCAAAACGAAGAUGCAUUUCAUAAUCCACAGGCAAGACUAUAUGAAGAUAAAAGGGCUAUUGUAUCUGUUGACCUAAGUUUGGCCUCCCCAAGACCUGAGAACACAGAAGCAUCUACACAUAAAAUAGCAGGUUUUACAUUUGCACAGACGUCUCCUUUUGCUCGAGGUAAUGUGUUUGGUGAACCGCCAUCUCCACAGCAUCUUAAGCGACAAGAGUCGUACAAGAACUUUCUUCGUCUGCAGAUCGAAGAAAAGAGACGUAGGGAAGAAGCAGAGCGAGAAAAACUUAGAAUGGAAGAAGAAAAAGAAGAAAAACGACUAGCUGAACAGAGGAUGAGAAUUCAAAAAGCAUAUGAAGAUGAACAAGAAGAGAAGAGAAAGAAAGAGGAGGAGCGAAGAUUGAAAAAUAAAGAAAUAAUUCGAUUAGAUGAAGAGAGGCAAAAAGAGGCAGAAAAAAGAAGAAAAGAAAAAGAAGAAAAGCAAGAUGAACAGCUUAGACAAUAUUUUGAGAAAGAAAAGAUGGAAGAGGAAAAGAAGAUGUUUUCAAGGCAGCCUACUCCCAUCAUUUCUGCUCUUCAGAACAAAUCAAUAAGAAAAGAAGAAAGGAUUCCCUCUGCUGAGAGCCAUAUAUCUUACUAUGCACAAGAUCCUCCACAGCCAAGGGUUCCUUCUCCACCUGUCCCUGCUAGAAGAAAUCAGUUGCGUGCUUUUGAGGAAAGAAAGAAUGUGAUAAAUGAAUUAUCAGAGAUGAGGAAACAGCUUCGUAGCGAAGAGAGGCGACUGCAGGAACAGUUGCUAAAUGUGGCCAGUGAUGAUGAUGUACCGAUUGCACGCAGGAGGAGAGAGAAGAAUCCAAAGGACAUAUUUGAGAUGGCCAGGCUUCGUCUGCAGGCUCCAGUAAAGCGGCCUUCGUCAAAGGAGGCACAAGAUCCUGUCAAUAUACAGAAUAUCUGGGAAUUUAAUGAACUUAAAUACAAAGAUUCUGAAACACGUAUGGGCUUGAGGCACAUGUAUCCUGAUCCUCCAAAAGAUGACCAGACUCUAGAGAUCCAGCAGCAGGCACUGUUGAGGGAGCAGCAGAAGAAACUUGACAGAAUGAGAAUGAGGAGAGAAACAGAAGAUGAUUCUGCUUCUGGCGGUAGCCCACAAACCAUGGGACUGUUCAGGAAUGAAUCUAAUGAAUUCUUGAAAAAUUCACUGUUGGAAUCGGAUAGCGCUUUUAUCGAUGCUAAUGGGGAAACGUUUCCUGCCUUAGGAGAAGUUAAUUUAUCACCACAGCUUCCACUGUCUGCAAGGGAGAGGAGACGAAUAAAGCAGAAAGUGUUAGAGCGCGCUGAGGAUGUUCCACCGAACCAGACACCGUUGCUACAGCCUGACGGCUUUUCUUUGCACUCAAACUUCAGCCUCAAUGUUGAUCAGCUGAAAGGCAAGAAUGAGGAACGAUUGCGCAGACUGACUGAGCUCCAGCAGAAAUCUGCUUACUUGGGUGACAGCAUUUCCUUAGGAGAAGCAGACGAUCUUCUGAAGCGCGCUCCAUCGGACGCCAGCAGACGGCCCAGUUCCGUUGACACAGUCGCAACAGAGCCCUGGCUGCGACCAGGAACUUCAGAGACGCUCCAAAGGUUCAUGGCUGAGCAGUCAAGCCCAGCAAAGCUUUCACCCGAAAACACGCUCCCACUUAGCUGGCAAGGCCUCUCGACAGCGCAUGGCUGACCGGAGCCCUGUGCGAGCCAGCUGUGCCUCGCAGCAGGGGGGGAUGCAGGGUUUGGCACUACUGCACUUUCCAGGGGCUCCUCUCAGGAUUUGUUCUUUUCCAUGGUCAUGGUGUGGAGCUGUAUGUAUAAUUUAAAAUAGCAAUAAUAAGGUAACAGAAGCUGCAGGGUAAUGGAGGUAUAGAGCAGGGAUGGCUUGUCUUACAUGACAUGGGAAGCAGAGGAAGAGUUGGGCAGUUUUUGCACUUUUUAUACAAGUUUCAUUUCAGCCUCAGAGCUGGACUUACCCCUGAGUGUGUGUGUGUGUGAAUUUGAUAUUAAAUCAAAGUUAAUUUUUAGCUUUGUUUAUAGCUACACUCCAAAACUGUCUGGCAAUAGAGUAACCCAACAGCUGAGGUACAGUUUAAGUUUCUACCAAAAGAGUAAGUAACUUGGAGAAGGGCACUUGCCUUUCAUCCAGUGAUGAGUGCUACCCUGCAUGAAAGCUCAGCAAACAGUUUCAUGGAAAAAUGACUCUUAGCAAUGUAUCUUGUGUUCCUUAACCUGUUAUGUGCUGGAAAUACAGAUAGUGUUGCAUAUAUUUAAUUUAUGGUUCUGAUUUAAGAGUUAAUAAAUUAUUUUGUUACUAAAAAU